AUGAAUCGUUUCCUGAGAGGGGAGAAUGGAGGGCUGCUGACGGACUGCAGGGAGCUGUCACCCGCUUCGACUAACGGCAACAACACCGCCUCCUCCUCCUCCUCCUCCACCGCCACCGCCUCCUCCAGCGCCGCGGGAGCCGACAGACACGCGGCCGUGCCCUCGCUCCAGACCCGGGGACCUGUCGGCGGCGGCGUCGGGUCGGAGCCGAGGAGAUCCGCGCUGAAGCGCAGCCGGGCCGGCCGGGAGGGCAGAGAGGAGCCGGAGGCGGCGGAUCCCGCGCCUGCCUUCGCGGUGCGCGGCGGAGGCGGCGGCGGCGGCGGCGAGGUGUGCGUCGGGGUCGGAAAGCAGCAGCAGCAGCAGCAGCAGCAGCAGCAGCGUCGGGAGGCUCAAGGACGCAGCGUCGGAGGAGAAGCUGUGGAGAUGAUUUCAGCGGUCAGAGACACCGACGGCAGCGGCGGCGGCAACAACAACAACAACAACAACAGCGUCUCCGAUGUGGCCACGGCCUCCGCUUCUGCGUCAUGCGCCAAAGGCAAGGAGGAGAGGAAGGGGAAAAAUGUGAUCCGGAGCUGGAAGAGAGACAGAGAGAGAGACAGGGAGAGGGAGAGGGAGAGGGAUGCCGCUCCUCCUGCCGCUCCUGCUCCUCCUGCUGCUCCUCCUGUCCGGACGAGAAAGGAGAAGCCCGGCGAUGGCUCUCCUCCUCCCUCCGUCUUCCUCCCGUCGUCCGCCCUGCCCGAGCAUCUCUGCCGAGACGGCCCCGGCCACUGCGCACCGGACUGCAGGAUCAUGGGGGAUAGCAACGUUAAUAACAACAAUAACAGUGGGAGUAAUUGUGGUAUUAAUAAUAAAACCGGGCUGGAUUGUGGAGUAAAAAGCGGCGGCGGCGGCGCUAUUGUUGUCAGGCGGCAUGACGACACACCGGCCGCCAAGAAACACAGAGGAGCCGAGAAGGUGGAUCCCAUGUUCACAGUGCCAGCACCCCCGGCUCCGGGCCACCCGGGGGCCCCGGGGGCCUCCCUGCCCUCGGCCCCCUCCUUCUCCCCUCCGGCCCUGCCGCCCUCCAACCCCAAGCAGCUGGCGGUGAGGACGAGGUCCAUCGGCACCAACACGCAGGACGGAGGGCUGGCGGGGGGGCUGGAGGGCGACUCGGCCUGCCUGGGGCCCUGCCAGCCCGGGACCAGCGUCAACCUGGAGGGCAUCGUGUGGCACGAGACCGAGGAAGGGGUGCUGGUGGUCAACGUGACGUGGAGAAAGAGGACCUACGUGGGGACGCUGCUGGACUGCACCAAGCACGACUGGGCUCCUCCGAGGUUUUGUGAGUCUCCCUCCAGUGACCCUGAGACGCCAGGUGGGCGUGGCCGGGGGAAACGGAUGCGACUGGCUAUCGCCGAGCGACCGUGCGUUGAGCCCGCCCCUGCUGCCAAGGUCAGGGGGCUAUCACAGCACAGGAGCCGCGGAGGGGGCAUGGCUGGAACCGCCGGACCGAUCCACAACAAGGGCCGCAGAGGCAGCCUGAACCUCAUCAACAGUAACUGUCGUGCACCUCCUUCUUUCUUCACUGUGGAGGAGGUGAAACCCACCAACAGCACCUCCUCCCUCUCCUCCUCUGGGAAGCGAAAGAACAAGCCGCCGGCUGACCUGGACCUCAGCCUGGUCUCCUCUGACGACAUUAAAAACGGGAAUGGGAAGAGGAUCCGGGCCAAGUCGCGCAGCGCCCCAUCCACGCCACAGGGCAAGUCCGACCCCUCAUUCAUGGACCCAGGAGGAGGUUGCGCCUCCUCGCCGCCUCCCCCUCCCAUCCUCAUCGACUGCCCACAUCCCAACUGCACUAAGCGCUACAAGCACAUCAACGGCCUGCGCUACCACCAGACGCAUGCACACCUGGACGUUGAGGAGCAGAGGAAGCCAGAGCUGGAGACCAUGAAGGACGGGGAGAGCGAGGAGAGGCUGUCGGACUGCGAGGAGACCAUCGGCGGCAUGACGUACGACCUCUCAGAGACGAACAGCAACAACAGUAAUGCUAACAAUUCUGCAAAGAAGCCCGCCCCGCUGUACAAGGUGACAACUGUGGGCUCUCCCAAGAACAGACGUCUGCUCCUCAGCACUGACCACAGUCCCACAGCCAACUCCAAAACCAGAAGAACCUCACUGCUCAAAGACGGGCUGAUUGAUGACCUGAGCAACCUGCCCAUCAUCUCCAACAUGACCGUGGUUCUGGAGAACUGCAUGGUCCCAGACAGGAAUUCCACAGUGGAGAUGCCUAAGCUAGAGGCUGAGGGUCUGAUUGACAAGAAGGGCGGAGGGUGUGAUAAGGGUAAAAAGGCCAACGGGAAAGUAGAGAAACUGUCCAAGUCACGGACCAACCGGCCGAUCGCUCCAGCCCCCGCUCCCCCCAAGCUCAUCGCCAUCCCCAACACGGCAUACCCCACCAGCACCGGCACAGCAGAUACCGGCACCCCACAGCAGCAACAGCAGCCCUCGCCCAUGGCCGCCGUGGGCCUCACCAGUAAAAACCUUCCACUGAAGCCCAUCAAACCAAAGCUGAGCAUCGUCAUGGAGCCGAGCCUGGUCAAAGCCACGCUGGUCACCUGCAGCAAAGAGACCAGGAAGAAAGAGAAACGGAGACUGAAGGACAAACACAACAAAGAUGUGCCCACCCGGACGCCUAAUGGGGACAGCGGUGGGAUCAAAAUGGAAGACAACAUCGGGGGGUCGAAACUGGCUGCCAAGGAAGCUUCUGGAAGCCUUCUGAAGGAGCACCUCAGUAAGCAGGAGGUGAUGAACGGGCUGACCGAGAGCCAGGAGAGCAGGAUGGCCAGCAUCCGCGCAGAGGCUGACAAGGUGUACACCUUCACUGACAACGCUCCCAGCCCCUCCAUCGGCGGUUCAUCGCGGCUUGAUGCUGCUGGCAGUUGCCUGGCAACAGCGGAUGGCAGCAGCAAGAACAACAGCCCCGCCUACUCCGACAUCUCAGAUGCCGGGGACGACGGAGGAUCUUCAGAGUGCCGCUCGGAUGGGCCUAGGUCCAAGUCUGGGUCAUCUGCCUCCUCCGAGGUGAGCACCAACAGUAAUCACGGAAACCCCAAUAAAACCCCUCCUGCGGUAUCCGCCCCAUCAUCGAAAGACCCCCAGUCCCCGUACUACCACGGCUACGAGCCGUACUACCUGCAGGGGUACAUGCAGUCGGACAGGCAGAACAGCAGCAGCGCCGCCUUCCACAAGAGCUCGGCUCACGACGGCAAAGGGAAAGACAGGAAGGAGGAAGUAAAAGAGGAUGACAAAAACUCCUCUCACGAGUUCUCGGACUCUAAGAAGGCCGACGGUCUGCCUCAGUCGCAGCUCCAGCUGGCGAUGAGUCAGACCCAGACCGCCCUGGCCCAGUCGCUGUACUACGGCCAGUACUCCAGAGGACUGUACAUGGACCAGAAACUGUUAUUGGCCUCCAAAUGCUGCGACCAGCCACCUGGUGCCAAGCAGAGGGGCGAGAGGGGGCAGGGCAUGAGAGACAGCGACGAGGUUAAACACAUGGUUGGGGGUUCACCUGGCGGGCCCAUGCUGGCCAAAGGAGUGGACGGUGCCAAAGGGUGCUGUCCCAAACCCGUCCUGUCCUACGUGGAGAUGGGUGAGAGGGGUGAAAGAGGAGAGAGGGGACAGAGUCUGGGGGCCAAGGCGGUGCACGGUGGCAUGGUGGACCAACACCAGGUCUCGAUGAAAGACUGUGAUGACAUCAAGUCAUCCUCCUCUUCCUCUUCUUCAUCACUCCACAACCCAAACAGUCAAACAGAUCUGGACUCAAAUGUUUCCUAUUCCAGUCCCUCAGACGGCCCGGCCUGGGCUCACCGCCUCGCUCACAGCAAAUACUCGGAGCUACAGAGUCAGCAUGGCGAGGAGGCCGAGGAGGGCGAAGCAGACAGGGCAAAGGAUUGGGGAGCUACCAUGGAGCCUGCCGGGGCCAAGAUGACCACGGGGGGAGAGAGAGGAGGGGACAGAGGAGGAGGCGGCGAUGCUAAAAAAGGCAGAGGCCUCGGAUCCCACGACCUGCCCGCCGCCAUCGACGCGGAGGACUCUGACAGGCUGGAGGGGCUCGAGGAGCAGGGCCAGGAGCCGAUGGGAGGGUUGUCGGAGGAGUCCCAAAGCGCUCGGGCGGCGGUGUCUCCUCCCAUGACCCCCCAGCAGCCCUACAUCCAGUACCAGCACUCCUCCUACCCGCCCUACCUGGCCAUGUGUGAGAGCGGCGGGGGCUCGUACAGAGGCGUGUCCCCGACCCUGGUCCACAACUACCCCGGUUUCCACUACCCUCUGUACGGUAAGACGGCGGGCAGGGAGGACUCGGAGGUGAGCCAGCCCAGCAGAGGAGGAGCGGUGAGCGGCAAACAGAGCGGCGACUCCUCGGCCCUGGAGCUCCUGCAGCAGCAGAGGCCUGGAGAGAAGGGUUCCCCGGAGGGCGAGCGAGAGACGGAGCGAGAGAGGAACCAUGUGUCGUUCGCCCGACACCUUCACACGCACCAUCACACACACCUGGGCAUGAGCUACAACCUGAUGUCAGGACAGUAUGACAUCUACCAAGGGUUGAGCUCCAGAUCGCUGGUCUCCAGUCAGCAGGUGGCAGGACACUCCUCUGCUGAGAGCGAAGGGAAGAAGUAGGACCAUGUGACCACGUCUCACAUGAGGAACGGCAGAUUUAUCAGACAUCAAUUCCAUGGUGUUGAAUAAGCUUCGCCUCGCUGAGAGGCAGAGAACAGAACAAAAAAAAAAAAAAAAAAAAAGAACACGAAACAAAACAAAAAAAACCUCUUUCAUUUCUUACUAACAACAACCAUCCGUUUUAUAACACACCACCGAGGAGCAGACGGACGGACGGACGGACAGACGGACGAGGAGACAGACGAGCGGGAAAGUGGGACCGGGAUCAUUUUGAAGGACAAAGUCAACUGUAAAAAUACAAAUAAAUCCAGAAACUUGAGACUUUUGAAGCUUUCAAUUUUGCAGAAUUUGGACGGAAGCCUGCAGGCGGCGUGUAUUAAAAAAAAAAAAAAAAAAAAAAA